AUGACAAGUGAAAGAAUUGAAAAGAUGAAAAUAGAUGACGAAUUUGUAGAAUCACAUUCAACAAUAGCCCAGGGGAGGAGAACAAAGCGCCAACGACACUAUAAGAUGCCUGUUAGUGAACAGGGACUCCGUGAGAGGAUAGAAUCAACCAUACCACAAGUUUACCAUAUCAUCGUGACGGACCUCUCGUACGGUUGUGGUCAGUCGUUUGAUAUUGUGGUGGUCAGUGACUUCUUCCAAGGUAAAAACAAACUAAUGAGAAGCCGUGCGGUGAACAAGGCUGUUAAGGAAGAGUUACAAGAGAUUCACGCAUUCAGCUGCAAGUGCUACACGGAGGAGGAAUGGUCUAAGAUUGUGGUAUGA